GCGCGACGCCGCAACGCGCUUGUAUCCGACGCGAUAUACCUCGCGCGACAGCGCCCUCUUCCCCCAAGGUGGCCGCUCUGGGCAACUACAGCCGGGCUGCAGAAGCCGUCCGCGGUCGGUGGUGCCAGCUCGCGCCGGAUGGUCUGCGGUAGCGCGGUGCUCCACUGCAGGGCGCCGACGCCGAACGGACCUCGAACGGCCUCGCCCCUGCAUGGCGGCGUGAGCGAGGAUGCGAGUGCCCAGCUCCAUCUUUUUGUCGGUGUCCCUGUUCACGGCCGAGACCACUGCGGCGCUCUACCUGAGCUCCACGUACCGAUCGGCGGGGGACCGGGCGUGGCAGCAGCUCACCCUGCUCUUCUCGCUGGUGCCGUCCAUGCUGGUGCAGUUGGCCCUCAUCUUCUUCCACCGGGACCUGGGCAGGGACAGGCCCUUCAUCCUGCUGCUGCACAUGCUGCAGUUCGGACCCAUCGUCAGGUGUUUGGAAGCGUUCUGGACCUACGGCAGCGUGGGCCGCGUGGAGGAUCCCUACGUCAGCAUCACCAGGAAGAAGCAGAUGCCCCGCCGGGGCCGGCCCGAGGAGGUGGAGCGCCAGGUGGGCCAGGCCGAGGGCAAGCUGGUGACGCACCGGGCGGCCUUCGCGCGCACCGCCGUCAUGCAGGCCUUCCUGGGCUCGGCGCCGCAGCUCACGCUGCAGCUCUACAUCUGCGUGCUGCAGCGAGGCGUGUCCGUCGGGAGAGGCACUCUGAUGGCGAUCUCAUUGCUGUCCAUCGUGUACGGCGCCCUCCGCUGCAACAUCCUGGCCAUCAAGAUCAAAUACGAAGAAUACCAAGUGACCAUGAGUCCGUCGGCCUACCUGUGCAUCUUCCUGUGGCGCAGCUGCGAGAUCGCCAGCCGCGUGGUGGUGCUGGUUCUGUUCAGCUCGGUGCUGAAAAUCUGGGUGCUGCCCGUGGUUCUGGCCAACUUCCUGGUCUUCUUCCUCUACCCGUGGAUCCUGUUCUGGAGGACCCACUCGCCCUUCCCGCAGCAUAUCGAGAAGACUCUGACACACGUGGGCACCGCCGUCGUGCUGUGCAUGCUCACCUUCCUGUACGCCGGCAUCAACAUGUUCUGCUGGUCGGCCGUGCAGGUGAAGCUCAGCGACCCGGACCUGAUCAACAAGUCCCAGAACUGGUACCGCAUGGUGGUGUACUACAUGCUGCGCUUCAUCGAGAACGCCUCGCUGCUGCUGAUCUGGUACAUCUACAGGACGGACUUCUACGAGUUCAUGUCGGCGCCGCUGCUCAUGCUGGAGCUGCUGUUGGCCUACGCCGCCUGCAUCUUCUUCAUGCUGAUCUUCUACCAGACCUGCCACCCGUGUCGCCGGCUCUUUAACUCCAGCAUGGGCCAGGGCUUCGAGGACUGCUGCGCCCUCCUCUGCCUGUCGUGCACCUCGGCGGAGUCGAGCCACGAGCCCUGCGAGGAGCUCGCGCCGGACGACGCGUGUUACGACAUUCCCAACGAUGGGGUCGGAGAAGCGGCGAACGGUGGCGGCCGCAAUGCCUGACUCCUUAUUGUGCGACGCGGUCGCCGACCACUUUCCACAUUUACAGUUCAUCCCCUUCAUCCGAUUGGACUCUUUCCUACCAUUUUAACAGCACGUGUCCUUAAAUCUGCGUUCCGUCAAUUUAUUUGUGCAGUUGGUGUCGAUGUCAUUCUGUGGCCUACAGAUAAGCUACAGUUCUAAUAAGAUUGUUUCUAGCGGGGGGAAAGUAUUGGGAUGCCAGCCCAUUAAAAUGUUAGGAACUGCUCCCAAAAAGUUGGAUGCAGUGGUGCCUUAGGAAAUCAAAUCAUCUUUCCUCGUUCAAAUGAACGGAAAUGCAAUUCAUCUGUUCCAGCCACCGCAAAAAAAAAAAAAAAACAUUUCUUUUUUCCCCCCCCCACAAGAACAGUAGUGCACUGUGUGAAAAAACUCAGUAAGAACAUUUGACCACCAAACACAGGAAAAUGUAUUCCGGUGCAACAAUGUCAACUAACGAUUAUCGAAUUCAUCAAUAAUGAAUUUUGAGGUCACUGAUGGUGUAGCGGGACACUCGCCUGACUUUGGUGCGGGCAAGCGUGGGUUUAGUUCCCACUCAGUGACGGUGCGCAUGGUUGUCCGUGUCUAUAUGAGCCCUGCGAUUGGCUGGCGACCAGUUCAGGGUGUAGUCGGCCUUUCGCCCCAAGUCAGUUGGGAUAGGCUCCAGCGUCCCGCGACCCCAACCAGGAUAAGCGGUGUUAAAAAUGGAUGGAGGAAUUUUGAUAACCGAUUGUUUAGCGACAUUGUAACUUGAAAUUGUCCAAAUCCUCAGAAUUUCAGCCUCUCAACAGGAAGUAUUCAUUAUAUGUAUUAUUAUAAUCAUGCAGGAAAUAGGAAUGAUUUUUUUUUCAUGUUUGAAAGUCAUUGAUGUCAAAAAAUGGCAGGUUUUUGCCAAUAUGAAAAAGGGCUCAUAUCGGCCCUAGUAAAUACAUUUCCCGAUUCAAUUAGAAUUGUUAUUUAAACAGUCCUCUUCAGGCCGUUCACAUUUUGACACAAGAAGACGACACCCAACAAUUUAUCAAGGUUUUCGUCGAUUAAUAUUAGAGAACAGCGACUUGUGUGAAAAAUACUGAAACAAUGAAACAAUUGGACGUGUGCAUUCACAAGCUGAGAGAAGAUCAAAUGAAGUUCACCUAUUAGAGUUGCAGUGGAUUUUAGGUUGAUUGUGAAAUUGCACCCAAAAGCUCAAUAUCACGCUAUUUGCGAAGCUGUCGGGAAGAAUAUAUGCACUUCAUUCAUUCCAAAUGCCUUUGGUGGGGUCCCACGCCAAACUCAUCCAAGCAUUCCUAAAUGCAGCGUGCUUUGUUGCACACAGGAACAAAAAAAAAAAAAAAAAAAAAGGCAAAUUUAACCAUGUAACUGUCCAAAUGUAAUAAAAAAAAACAACAACAAAAACCUGUCUUAACAGUUUUGGCAUGCAGAUGUGUGUGUGCAUGGAUCCCCUAUUUUCUACUUGGUCCCCUUUUUGGUUUUAUGGCCUGCUGCAGUUUUGUAAGUUUUGUUUUUUCUUUUAAACUCAGCGAUGAAAGCUUUAUAAUCUGUGCUGCUGCUGCUGUGGCGACGUACAGUAUUUUGAGAUUUGCAGCCCAACACAAGACGAAUGCACAAAUGUGGUUUUUUUGCACAUUUACACAAGCGCUCGGUUUUUUGUUUUUUUCGUAAAGUGUUGCUUAAUUCAGUCAGCGUUACGUCUGUCUAGUGUGUGCGCGAACAAAAUUGACAACCAAGAGCACACACACUCACAAAUGAAUGAUGUAUUGGGAUGUAUUGUAGUUUUAACCUCUCUGUCUGGCAAUGUCAAGUGUUAUUAUAUAUAUAUUUUUUUCAUAUCUGGAUGAAACUCAUAUAAUGGAUGAAAUACUACUCAAAGAUGUAAUAAAUCUAUAUUUAUACCUGCA